AUGGGGCCCGCAAUGCGGAGGCCGCUGCCUCGCGUGCGCCCCCUGCCGGGGGACUCGUACCUGUCCUGGGGUGGAUGCCAGCCCUUCGCCCCAGCAGAACGCCCCCUGGUUCCAGCUUACGCCCCGUGCCGCCCUGGGCGCCUCCAGCGCCACCUCCUGAGUGGCGAGUUCGACCAGCUGCGCGACUUCCCCAUCUUUGAGAGCAACUUCGUGCAGGUGACCCGGUUUGGAGAAGUCGCCAACAAGGUCACCAUGGGAGUGGCAGCCUCUAGUCCAGCCCUGGAGCUGCCAGACCUGCUGCUGCUGGCUGGCCCUGACAAGGAGAAUGGACACCUACAGCUCCUCGGGCUGUUCCCCUUGCAAUUCGUGCAGCUGUUUGUGCACGACGAGAGCCGCCAGCAGCUCAAGGUCAAGUUCCGUACCGGUCGUGCCUUCUACCUGCAGCUGCGCGCACCGGCAGAGACCCGCGACCGUGAGUUCGGCCGCUGGGUGCGUCUGCUCUACCGUCUGCGCUUCCACUCGCCUGCCUGCGCCGUGCCCUUCACGCACGAGGACACCGCGCCUGAGGAGGACGAGGAGGAGGUGGAAGAGGAGGAAGAGGAGGAGGGCGAGGAGGGACAGCAGCCCCCGGAGCUCCAAGCCAUAGAGGCAAGACUGGACCCGCAGGUCUCAGAACUCUGGGGACUCUGAUUCACACCAGAUCGCCAAAGAA